GCGUCGAGGGCCAGUCGGUUGAGCAUCAGCUUCAGCCUUCAAACGUGAAAUGCCCUAGUAAACCGGGGAAAAAAAAUGUUCUGGAUUGGAUUCUCAUCAUUCCAUGCAAAGCUUGUACCAAUUGUUGAAUUGUUUCAGUAGGUGAUCUGGCUUGAAAAGUUGAAAUCAAGAAGACAGGAUCAAAUCAUGGUGAAGACUGUGGUCGGAGAAGAAACUCAGCUCAAAUUGGCGGAGGAUCGCCUCACGCAGUCCGGAGUCCCCUCCGAGGUGGGUCUUGUUAUUGGCAAGCUGAGUGCCGCUCUUGAUCGAGGUUUUGUGUUCGAUUUGGUUCCUACGCCGCCCAACGAUGCCGGGGAGCCAGCUUGUUCGCUCAUGGAGACCGCCCGAGACGAUAAGAGGAAAGGGUCAAAGGGCAAAUCUCAGGCCGAAUCUUCGUCCUUGGUUAUUGACCAAGAUUGGGUCGCUGAGCAUGCUCGUCAGGUUUCCAGAAUGCUAGUGGGUGGCAUGAAGGUUGUUGGCAUCUAUGUUUGGGUCAGUGAUAGCUUAUUCAAGAAUUCAACCUUAGUACUUUGCCAGACUGUAAAGGGAGUUGCUGAAGCAGCGCACUAUUUGGAAGGUGACUGGGAUGAGAGACUGAUUAUUCACAUUAGUUAUAGUCCAAGAAAGUGGUCAUGUCGAAAUUAUGUUCCAACUUCAAAUAUUACCUCCAGCAGUUUACGGCCUUGUGAUUUUAAAAUGGGAAGGGUCUUAACUUCCUUUCAAACAUUUAGAUGCAUGUAUUAUUUUGAUCUGAGAUUGCCCAUAUUUCUUGAGGGUGCAUCGCAUCUCAAAACGUUGACAGACAUCAUUCGCUAUGGAAUUUCAAUUCAUGCCAGAGAACUGAAAAGUGCGAAAGCCAUGAUUAAUGGAAAUUUGGUAGUCAAGGAUAAGCUAUGUGCAUCUGAUGGCUUGCAUGAAGUCGAAUUGCUUUUACCAUUUAUGAGUGGUAUAUCAAUGGAAGCAUGCAACCAAAAAGAGGUGUUGGGUGUUCUUGUCUUUAGCGGCUGUAUUUGUUCAUUUGCAUACUUGAAUUCAAAAGAACCAGUCUCACAAGCAUUAGAUUAUAUAAAGUGCAAUCAUGGAUCAGUAUUAUGUGUUCAGGGAGAUAUUAUCAUGAGCCUGCAAACAAGAUUAGAUAUCCUCUUGGAUGAGGCAGAUGGAGGGCCGAAUUGUACUGUUGAUGAUGAUGAGGAAGCAAGCAGCGAGAUGUCAACUGAGAAACCUAUUCCUCAACUGUCUCUGCACUUGUUGAGAAAACAGUGCAGCCUUUCAUUUCCUCAAAGAAUUUUUGUUCCCUGGUUAGCGGGUACAUUUAUAUGUGACUAUCUGCAACCAUCUGAGACGCUUGAGGGUGUGAAAGAUCAUUGUGUUGAAUUGAUGUCCAUGGAAGCUCCUAUGGAUGCCUCCAGUAUCCUGAAACCAGAAUCAGAAGCCCCCACCCUGACUAUUAAAUCUCUAUGGGAUGUUGCAGCUCCUGCGGUUGUAUCACAGAGUUCUGAUUGCGCCCCCACAGGGUGCAUAACGAAUAAAACCCGAACUGAAAAUUUGAACAUUCUGGCUGCUGUGUUGAUCCUUUUACUCUCAAUUUUUGUGGGCUGGCUGCUCUUUUUCAUCAGGGCGCCAUAAUUAGAGGAAAGCUUCAAGCCAAAAUUUUGCCAUUACAAGUAUUCCGUGGUUAUGCCCAAUUCAUUUCUUCAAAGCAUAUGAACAGAAAAUGAAAAGUAAAGUGCUGGCAACAUUUCAUGCCUGCAAUAAUGUAGCUUUGAGGUUGGCUUCGGCUGGGAUUUUGCUGUGACACAGCUGGGGUAAGGUUUGGUACCCCACAAAUAGUAUAGGCGUGAUGGUUCGAGAAUACAAAAUUGAGAUUGAGUUUGGAAGGUUGUGAAUUUCAUUAAAUUUUAAUACAGAAUUUCAUUUCAAAUUUUGUUCAAUUUUAAAUUUUUAUGAUUGUAAAUUUGUAUUUACAAUGACUGCAUAAAGCAGUGUGGGCGGAACAUAGGAGUUUUUUCCCAAUAUAUCUUUUUUUUUUUAAAUAUAUUAAAUAAUAUAUUUUUUGGGAAAAUAAUU